AUACAUUUAUUCCUUCACCAUCAUCAAACUACUAUCCUUCUUACUCUCCUUUUCAUAUCUCUUUGAAUCCUCCUACCUAUAAGAAAACAAAAUGAGUUGGCUUAUGUUUUUUCAUCAAUUUCUUCUGCUAUUUCUCUUGUCUUCUUCUUUUUCUUCUACUUGUGCACGCCAUACCUGCCUUAAGGACCAAAGAUUUUCACUUCUCCAAUUUAAAAGAACAUUUCCCAUAACUUCUGAUGCCUUUUUCUAUUGUGGCUCUCAUCCCAAAAUGGUGUUCUGGAAUGAGAGUAUUGAUUGUUGCUCGUGGGAGGGGGUCACAUGCGACUGGUCGAAUGGUCAUGUGAUUGGACUUGACCUUAGUUGCAGCCAACUUCAGGGCACUAUCCAAGCCAACAGCACCCUCUUUCACCUUCCUCACCUCCAAAGCCUCAAUCUUGCCUUCAAUGACUUCAGUUUGUCUAGAAUUCCAUCCGAGUUUGGCUCGUUUGCGAGUUUGACCCAUCUCAACCUCUCUGACACUAAUUUUGCAGGACAAAUUCCUUCAACAAUCUCCCAUCUUUCCAAAUUGAUUUCCCUUGACCUCUCUCACUUUAGUUAUAAUUUAAAUCAGGGGAGACUUGAACAACACACUUUCAAUAUGCUUCUUCAAAACCUAACCCAAUUAAGAGAACUACGCCUUGAUGGGUUGAAUAUCUCUUCACCUUUACCUUAUGCUUUGCUAAAUCUAUCUUCUUUGACAUCUCUCAGUCUUUGUGCUUGUGAACUGCGUGGGAAAUUCUUAGAAAACAUUUUUCACUUUCCAAACCUACGAAACCUCGAUGUACAUGGAAAUUCAGAACUCACAGGUAAACUUCCAAACUUCAAUGUGACUAGUUCCUUUCAGUCUCUUGAUGUCUCAUUCACAAGUUUUUCUGGCCAAUUGCCUGAAUCAAUCAGCAAUCUUAAAGCCUUGAAUAGAUUGUACCUCAUUAGCAAUAACUUUUCGGGGUCCAUUCCUGCCUCUUUUGGGAACCUUACACAAAUCAAUGAUUUAGGCUUCUGGUCUAACAAAUUCAGCGGUCAAAUCCCCUCAUCAAUUUCAAACCUUGCAAAGCUUCCUUUCUUGGAUCUUUCCAGAAACAAUUUUAACGGACAAAUACCGGAUUCCCUUGGCAACAUGAGCCAACUUACUUUCUUGUACCUUUAUUCUAAUCAGCUAACUGGUCCCAUUCCUUCGUGUAUAACUGGGCUUUCAAAGCUAACUGCUGUCCAAUUGUAUGAUAACUCACUCAAUGGGACUAUACCAUCUUCGUUGUUUGCUCUACCUUCACUGGAAGGUAUAGAUUUGAGUUACAAUAAGCUACAGGGACCAAUUCCAGGAUCAGUUUAUGAACUCCAGAACCUAACGAGAUUAGAGCUUUCAUCAAAUAACCUAAGUGGUGUAGUGGAUCUAGAUAAGCUUCUAAAGCUUAAAAAUCUGACCUAUCUUGAUCUCUCAUAUAAUGGUCUCUCAUUGAGCAUCAACAACGGUGUCAACUCUACCUUGACCAACUUUGACACUAUAGGAUUAGCUUCUUGCAACUUGAGCGAAUUUCCAAACUUCUUGAGAGAACAAGCCAAUUUGUAUUCACUAGACCUUUCAAACAACAAAAUUCAAGGUGAAGUUCCAAAAUGGUUAUUCAAUGUGGGGAAAGAUUCAUUGAUUAGUUUAAAUCUUUCUCAUAAUUUCCUUACAAGUUUAGAGUGUCUUCCGUGGAAGAAUCUACAGUUUAUUGACCUACACUCCAACUUACUCCAAGGAUCACUCCCUGUUCCACCUAACACCACAUAUUUUCUCUCUAUCUCAAACAAUAAAUUGACCGGAGCAAUCCCUCCAUUGAUUUGCGGUCUAAGUUCACUUCAAGUUCUUGAUCUGUCUAAUAACAGUUUGAGUGGUUUGAUUCCACAAUGUUUGGGAAACUUGAGCAAUAGUCUCUCGGUGUUGAAUUUAGGAAUCAAUAACUUUUCUGGCACCUUUACUGCAACAUUUACCAAAGGCAAUUUGCUAAGGAAUCUAAACUUGAAUGGCAACCAAAUUGAAGGACAAGUUCCACGAUCUUUGCUCAAUUGUGAAUACUUGGAAGUUCUAGAUCUUGGAAAAAACAAGAUAAAUGAUACAUUCCCCCACUGGUUGGAAACUCUUAUAGAAUUGCAGGUUCUUGUCUUGAGGUUUAAUAGGUUUCAUGGUCACAUAGGCACCUCCAAGACCAAAGGCAAACAUCCUUUUCCUAAGUUGAGAAUUAUUGACAUAUCUUGUAAUGAGUUCACUGGCCUUUUGCCAACAAAUUAUAUCAAACAAUUUGGAGCUAUGAUCAAUGUUGAUGAACAUGAAAUGAAAUUGAAAUACAUGGGUGAUAGCUAUUAUCAAGAUUCUGUGGUGGUGAUGAUUAAAGGACAAGAGAUUGAAUUAUCAAGAAUCUUAAUAGUCUUAUCAAUCAUUGAUUUUUCAAGAAAUAAAUUCCAAGGAGAGAUUCCAAAAUCCAUUGGGUGGCUUAAUUCACUUCGGGGUCUUAACUUAUCCCAUAACAACCUCGAAGGCCACAUUCCAACUUCACUUGGAAAUUUGAAAAACCUUGAAUCAUUGGACCUUUCCUCAAACAAGCUUGUUGGGGAGAUUCCGCAGCAACUGGCAAGUCUAACGUUUCUUGAGGUAUUAAAUCUUUCAGACAACCAACUAGUGGGACGAAUUCCUCAAGGGAGCCAAUUUAAUACAUUUGGGAUUGGUUCAUACACUGGGAACUUGGCCUUAUGUGGAUUCCCCUUAUCAAAGAUAUGUGAGGGACAACAACCAUUGCCACCUUCACCAACACUCCAACAUGAUGAAAAUUCAGUUUGGGAGGGCGAAUUUAGCUGGAAAGUUGUUGUGAUGGGGUAUGGAUGCGGCUUUGUAUUUGGAAUGGUUAUGGGAUAUCUUAUGUUUGUAACUCGAAGUCCAGAAUGCCUGAUGAAAAUUGCUGAAGGAAAACAAUAUAAGAAGGUGAAAAGGUUCAAGAAGAGUGCCCACUGAUGCAGUAAAGGAAGAAAAAAGCAAAAACAAAUGGCGUCAUUUAGAUCUGUUCCAUUAAGUAGCACAAUAAAGCAAUGGUGUCCACUUGAAGGGGUGUCUCAUGUAGCUGUUGGAUUUGAGUCCAUGUGCAUCUGGAUAGCAGCUAUACAGGAUCACUUCAAAAGAUUUUACCCUUGUUGUUGUAUUGAGUUCUAAAGCUUUGUAAAGUUGUUUAGUUUUCUUAAAGCAUGAGUUAAAUAAGAGUUGCAUAUCGUGACUCUUUCUUGUUUCUUUUAUCGCAUCUUGUAGCAACCUUUAAAGAUUUGUACUUUUUUUAUAUAGCUGCUUUUAAAUCGGAUUUCAGUCAAACUUGGCCUUGCUGAGUUUUUUAACUUUAAAA